GUGGCGAUGAACCCAAGCAAACAUCCCACUGCUAGCUCUAAGCUGGGGAGGUAAAUCUGGCAAUUCAACACCCCUAAUUAAAUGGGUUCUACGUACGUACCUUCUGUUUUCCUCUUUCAUUUUGAUUCUUUCUAGGCUUUUGGGAAUAGUGUAUCUAUAUAUACCUCUCUUUACAUCUACUACCUCGUUCAUCGCUUGAAGCAGUUCUCUCACUCAUCUUUGGUUCUUUCCUGGCCUCCUAAUUCAACAGUCAACACCACCAAUGGCAAUGAAAGCUAUGCUUCUUCUACUUGUAGUUUCCUCCUGGGUUUCAUCCUUCGUUAUGGCAUACGACCAAGAGCAUGGCUAUCCCCAAACGAAGGCUCCCGGCCAUGAAUAUAAUAAAUACCAUGAUCAUCGUCAUUAUGCUCCGAUGCAUGCACCAGAGGCUUAUGACCAUCAUGAUGAACAUGACAAACAUCAUCCUCAUGCUCCGAUGCAUGCACCAGAGGCUCAUGAUCAUCAUUAUGAACAUGAUGAACAUUACAAACUUCAUUCUUAUGCUCCGAUGCAUGCACCAAAGGCUUAUGAUCAUCAUGAUGAUGAAGAAGAAUAUCACCACCUUGAUGAACAUGAUCGUCAUCAUGAUGAACAUUACAAACAUCAUGACGAAGAUUACAAACAUCAUUCUCAUGCCCCGACGCAUCCGCCAGAGGCUCAUGAUCGUCAUGAUUAUUACAGUCACCCUCAUCGUGCUUAUGCUCCAGGAAUCGCCCCUAUGCAUUCCAAAUUCAAGCUUGGAGCGCCAAGUCCGUACAUGGCUCAUAUGCACGUUUGCCUAUUCAAGUGUAAGCACUACUGCGAGAAAGACGUCCACGACAAGUACCAGGACAAAUACGACAACAAAGACCAGAACAAGUACGACGACAACGACCAGAACAAGUAUGACGACAAAGACCAUGACAAAUACCAUCACAAAAAUUGGCGAUGCAUCAAGGCAUGCACUGCUUGCUGUGACAAGAGCAAAUGUGUGCCUGAAGAUGAAAAGAAAUGCAUGAAGUGGGACAAUGUGUACAUCAAGGGCAGAAAGGUCUACUGCCCUUAAAAUUGGACGUCUGCGCUCUAGCUUUCGCUACGGUGUGAUUUCAUGUUUUUUCGGAGGGGAUGAAUAUGCUGUGAUCUCAUGUGAUUUUUGAUUUUUUUUUUCUUGGUGUUCGUUUUAUCGUGUUACAUUAAUAAAUGGCUUAUAUAUAGAAGCCUGUUUGUGACUACAUUUUCUUUUCUAUUGUUGUUAUGGGUUGUAAACUAGGUUGGCUUAAUUUAUUUAAUUCAGAUUAUUUUGUUAUUUUCCAAAUUCUUGUUAGUUUUGGGAUAAUCCUUUUAGC